UGGGCACAGGGGCGCAGCCCGGCCCCACCCGAGGACAGUCCGGGAGGCGGGGGCCACUGGACCGAGGUCGGGGGCGAGGGCGCAGGAGCAGCAAACAGGCACCCACCGCUCGCCCUUCGACGGGACAGAGUCCGCGUCUCCGGACACCCCCUAUAGUGCGUUUCUCCGGGGUCCCCUUCCCGAAUCGGGCCUUUCCCUAAAUAUCCAGCCUCGGGAACGGGGCCUGGAAAGAGAGUGGCAGAUCCUACCCACAAAGCUUACCGGCCGGUUUCCUGCGAAGCAAAACAGCCCUUCUUCCCGUUUUCUCGGAAGAGCGCCGGGUCUACAACUCUUUAGAGGUGUCUUUUACGCACGAAACCUCCGUCCAAAGGCGUUAGAAGAGGCGGCCUGCCGGCGACACCUUUGCGGAGUCUCCUCCGAGGCGGGCUUGUCACCUGCUCCGCUACCCCCUCGGGGAGACAAGAAAACAGCAGAAGUUUGGCUUUCGAGAGAAGUGGGGGCUGGGGAGGGGGGCCCGCGCUGAGGCCAGAUGGGGCCGUAAGCGCUCGGGAGUGCUCCAUCCUGUCGGACAGGUUGAGCUAGAGUUUCGGAGAGUGGGAGGGAGGGAGGCGGCGAGCGGGAAGAGGAAGAAGACGCAGGCGGCGCGAGGCGUGCGCCUGGGCCCCGGGAGAAAGGCGAACGGUGGCUGCGGGGACGCGCGAGAGCCGUGCGCCCGGGGCACCUCGAGGGGCCGCUCCAGUUUGCAGGCCCGGACACCUCCGCUAGGGGGCGACGGCAUCCUGUCUCUCCGGGUUCCCCAGGCCCCGCUCCCGCUACCCCUGUGACCCGGGGACACAUGGCGACACGUCCUUUCAGAAUUAAGUCGGACAGCCCUGGGGCCAGGGGACAUGUACAGGCAAGGCUGCCCAAUUUUCGGGGUCCUUCCUCCUCCCUGUGUGCCCGAUUGAUGGGGAGACUGACGAUGGUCGGGCAGGACGGUCUCACUUCGCCGUGGUCUCAUAUCGGUAGCCCGGGAGCACACUCCUGGCUCCAGCGGGUUCCAUCCUGAAUCCCUGGGGCGGCGCUGGGCGGCCGGCCCGGCUAGGGAGGGUCUCUCGCCCGGAGGUCUUUGUCCUGAGGGCGUGGAAGGGAGGGUCCCUGGGGCGGGGAAAAAGCGCAUUUCUUGCGCGGCGCGCAUUAUCCGCGCGCGCCUCUUCCCCACUUUUGCGGACAACUCUGGCAUGUGCGGACUUGUGGGCGAUCGCACUCUGCGCAGCGUGCAGAGCUUCUCCCAGGAUUCUUGCCUCAGCUUCUCCCGCCCCAAGACCUGGGAUGCGGACUGGGAGCCCCUGAUUGCCUCGGGCGACAGAGCGCCCAGACCUUCGCCGCCGGGCCCCGGAGGCACCUUCCCCCAGGAUCGCCACGACGCGAGCAGCAAUGGGAACCCGCGCCUGCCUCACCUCUCCUCCGCCGGGCAGCAUCUCUACAGCCCCGCGCCGCCCCUCUCCCAUACGGGAGUCGCCGAAUACCAGCCGCCCCCCUACUUUCCGCCUCCCUACCAGCAGCUGGCUUACUCUCAGUCGGCCGACCCCUACUCGCACCUUGGAGAGGCGUACGCCGCUGCCAUCAAUCCCUUGCACCAGCCCGCUCCCACCGGCAGCCAGCAGCAGGCCUGGCCCGGGCGCCAGAACCAGGAGGGGGCCGGCCUGCCCUCGCACCACGGGCGCCCGGCCGGCCUGUUGCCCCAUCUCUCUGGACUGGACGGCGGCGCCGUGAGCGCACGCAGGGAGGCCUACCGACGCUCGGACCUGCUACUGCCCCACUCGCACGCCCUGGACGCCGCGGGCCUGGCCGAGAACCUGGGGCUCCACGACAUGGCACACCAGAUGGAGGAGGUGCAGAAUGUGGACGACCAGCACCUACUUCUGCAUGAUCAGACAGUUAUUCGCAAAGGUCCUAUUUCCAUGACCAAGAACCCCCUGAGUCUCCCUUGUCAGAAGGAGUUGGUAGGGGCUGUGAUGAAUCCCAGCGAGGUCUUCUGCUCAGUCCCUGGAAGACUGUCCCUCCUCAGCUCUACAUCUAAAUACAAAGUGACAGUUGCUGAAGUCCAGAGGCGGCUGUCCCCGCCUGAGUGCUUAAAUGCCUCAUUACUGGGAGGUGUUCUCAGAAGAGCCAAGUCUAAAAAUGGUGGCCGGUCCUUGCGGGAGAAGUUGGACAAGAUUGGGUUGAAUCUUCCAGCUGGGAGACGGAAAGCGGCUCACGUCACCCUCCUGACGUCUCUCGUGGAAGGUGAGGCAGUUCAUUUGGCUCGGGACUUUGCCUAUGUCUGUGAAGCAGAAUUUCCUAGUAAAUCUGUGGCUGAGUAUUUAACCAGACCUCAUCUUGGAGGGCGGAAUGAGAUAGCAACUAGGAAGAACAUGCUGCUGGCUGCACAGCAAGUGUGUAAAGAAUUCACAGAUCUUCUCAAUCAAGAUCGAACUCCCAACGGGAACAACCGACCCACCCCGGUCCUGGAGACCAACAUUCAGAACUGCUUGUCUCAUUUCAGCCUGAUUACCCACGGGUUUGGCAGCCAGGCCAUCUGUGCCGCAGUGUCUGCUGUGCAGAACUACAUAAAAGAGGCCCUGAUAGUCAUAGACAAAUCCUACAUGAAUCCCGGAGACCAGAGUCCAGCCGAUUCUAGCAAAACCCUGGAGAAAUUGGAGAAGCACAGGAAGUGAAACGAGGGGGUGGGGAACCAAGGGCCGAAGAGUUCGGAAGGAAAAGGACUCCCAGAUCAUCUCGACCAGGACAGACUGGGCACCCUGCUUACCUGGGGGGCAGGGUUGUUACCCACCUUCCCAUGAAAAAAGGCCUCCGUUGAUUUCCAGCUCUUCACGUGCCCUCCUGGAUUUCCUAGUAUUUAGGGGGUGCUGAAGCGUCUCCUUAACUCUGGACAAGAUGUUGGAAGUGCUGGUUCUUUACUCAUUAAGCUUACGUUUUAUUUUUUUGGAACCCCAUUCUUCCUUACUCUGGAAGUGGUGCUACAAGUUUUCGAACGUUUUGAAUAAAUCCCCGGGCUAACAAAAACUCACAUUCACUCAGCUGUUGAAAGGUCAAAUUGAUGGGAUUCAGAUCAACAAUAACUUUUAGUGUUGAGGUGAAAGUAUUUAUGUAGUUUCUUCAGCCUCGUCCUGCAAUACCAAUAAAUAGGAGGCAAGGAUUCUGUCCACCUAGCAACUGGUUAAUAGGUGGCAUUUGUAACACUUUAAAACCCCUUGUUCAAAGGGGCCCUUUGGGUUUACGAAACUUGUAGAAACAAAGCCUGCUGAUGACUUUAUGUUUUUUCUUUAAAAAAAAAAAAAACUUUGAAAGUUAACUCUUCAAGGAGGAGACUCUUUGAAAUGACAUAUUCCUUUAAGGUAUGGAAGCUUUAUUUUGCAUAUUUAUUUCACAUCUUAGUGAAACUUGAAAAGGGUAGGCAUGGAGCAUUUUUUCUUUUUUUUUGCUGUCUGUCAUCCCCCAGUCCCAGAGGAGGCUCUGUAUUUUGAGAAACUGAGUUGAGUGUACAGAUUUUAUUUAUGCAUAAUUUAAUGGGGUCUGUAAAUACGGGUGCACUUCUUAUGACUUUUUGAGAAACGGGAUUCGAUUUUAAUAUUAACUUUUAAAGGUGACGGGGUAAUCUAAGACGUAUCUUUAGGUUUUAUUCGUAUGUACACAGGGUAUUGAGUUAAGAGGAUCUUCAGCUCUGUUCUUGACUCUGGAAGACUUAUUUAAUUGAAGCUGUCUGUCCACAAAGCAAUAACUUUGUCUUGUUCCUGUUGGGCUGACCCCCCGAAGAGGUACAGUGCGAGGUACAGUGUGUAUGGGUGAAAAUGGAGUUUUGGAAUUGAACUCCUUGCCUGUAAAGGUUCCCUAAAUAAUUGUUGUGUAUAUGAAACCUGUAUAAUAAAAAGUAUUCUCGAUAGAAGCUGUGAAA